CCGUGGUUAUUAGAGGAAGGAUUUCUAAACAGGAGCAAAACAGAACACUGCCACCAUGAGGAACUCAUAGAAAAGAGCCCAGAAAAACAAGAAAGACUCUUGUGGCAAGAUUUAUUUACCAACAAAAUAUUGACUACAGAGCAAGAGAAUAUCUCAGGAAUACCAUGCAAUCUGGACAUAAACAUUUUUCCUUCAAGAAUAAUGACUUCUGAUUGUGACACUGCACAACAUGCUUACCUUGGUGUAAGUUCCCUGGCCCCCUGCUGUCAGUAUUCAAGAGAGAAGGCUGCUGAGUGUGAUGAGAGAUGGCUCCUCAGUCUUAAGGAGGGUAGAAAUAACAAUGGAGAGAGAUGUUUUCAUUAUAAUAAACGCAUUAAAGCCCUCACUUCUAAGGAAGAAGUUAUUCAGCAUCAAACAAUUCAGACUUUGGAGCAACCCUUUAAUAAUAAUAAUGAUUGUGGUAAACCUUUCCUUGAGAAGGCUGCCCUUGUUACUUCUAAGAGUGUCUGCACAAAAGUGAAAUCUCAUAAAUGCAAUGAAUUUGGAGAAAACCUAUAUGAUAUAUCUACUCUUAUUGUCUCUCAGAACAUUUCUAAAGAGGAUAAGAGUCACCAGGAACUUAAUGAAUAUAAAGGUAAUGAAAAUGGGAAUGAUUUCAGUGGAAGCACUCAACUUCAAAGAACUGACAUAGAAGGGAACACUUUCAGACAAAAAUCACACUUUAGAGAACAUCAAACAAUUCACAUAGGGCUGAAACCCUUUGCAUAUGGAAAAAAUUUUGACCAUGAUUUAGCCCUUCCAGUGUAUCAGAAAACUCACACAGCAGAGACAUCCUCUGAUUAUAACACAUCAUCUGAUUAUAACACAUGUACAGAGACAUUCAGCUACCAGUCAGUUUUCAAUGUAAAUCAGAGAACUCACAUGUGGGUGAAACCCUAUGAAUGUCAUGAAUGUGGGAAAACUUUUGGUGAGAUGUCACUCCUAAGGAAACAUCAGAGAACACACACAGGAGAGAAACUGUAUAAAUGUGAUGGAUGUGAGAAAGCUUUCAGUGCAAAGUCAUGUCUACGAAUACAUCAGAGAACUCACACAGGGGAGAAACCCUAUAAAUGUGAUGAAUGUGGAAAAUCUUUCAGGCAGAAGUCAACUCUCAGAGGACAUCAGAGAACUCACAGAGGAGAAAAACCCUAUGAAUGUAAUGAAUGUGGAAAAGCUUUCAGCGGAAAGUCAGUCCUAAGAAGACAUCAACGAACUCACACAGGGGAAAAACCCUACAAUUGUAAUCAGUGUGGAGAAUGUUUCAGCCAGAAAUCUAACCUCAGAAUACAUCACAGAACUCACACAGGGGAGAAACCCUUUGAAUGCAAUGAAUGUGGGAAAUCUUUUGACUAUAAUUCAAUACUCAUAAUACAUCAGAGAAUUCAUACAGGGGAGAAACCUUUUGAGUGUAAUCAGUGCGAAAAAUCUUUCAGUCAUAUUUCAGACUUAAGGAAACAUCAGAGAACUCACACAGGAGAAAGACCAUAUAAAUGUAAUGAAUGUGGGAAAGCUUUCAAACUGAAAACAGACCUACGAAAGCAUCAUAGAACUCACACAGGGGAAAAACCCUAUGAAUGUAAUGAAUGUGGAAAAGCUUUCAGCGAGAAGUCAGUCCUAAGAAAACAUCAGGGAGUUCACACAGGAGAGAAACCCUAUAAAUGUGAUGGAUGUGAGAAAGCUUUUAUUGCAAAAUCAGGUCUAAGGAGACAUCAGAGAACUCACACAGGGGAGAAACCCUUUGAAUGCAAUGAAUGUGGGAAAUCUUUUGACUAUAUGUCAAUCCUCAUAAUACAUCAGAGGACGCACACAGGGGAGAAACCAUUUGAAUGCAAUCAGUGUGAGAAAUCUUUCAGCCGUAUGUCAGUGCUAAGGAAACAUCAGAAAACGCACACAGGUGAGAGACCAUUUAAAUGUGAUGAAUGUGGAAAAGCAUUCAAACUGAAGUCAGGCCUAAGAAAACAUCAUAGAGUUCACACAGGGGAGAAACCCUAUCAGUGUAAUCAGUGUGGAAAAGCUUUCAGUCAGAAAACACAACUCAGGGGGCAUUAUAGGAUUCACACAGGGGAGAAGCCCUAUCAAUGUAAUCAGUGUGGCGAAUCAUUUAGCCAGAAAUCAUAUCUCAGAAGCCAUCAGAGAACUCACACUGGGGAGAAGCCCUAUAAAUGUGAUGAAUGUGGAAAAUCUUUCAGACAGAAAUCAAGUGUCAGAGUACACGAGAGAAUACACACAGGUGAGAAACCCUAUGAAUGUAAUGAAUGUGGAAAAGCUUUCAGUGAGAAGUCAGUCCUGAGAAAACAUCAGAGAACUCACACAGGCGAGAAACCCUAUAAUUGUAAUCAGUGUGGAGAAUCUUUCAGGCAGAAAUCAAAUCUCAUAGUACAUCAGAGAACUCACACAGGGAGAAACCUUACAAAUGUGAUGCAUGUGGAAAAACUUUCAGUCAGAAAUCAAGCCUUAGAGAACAUCAGAAAGCCCACAUAAGGAUUCCAUAUUUGAAUUUAAAGAACAUGGGAAUAUCUGAGCUGGAAAUCAUACCUUACAGAAUCUCAGAGAACAUGGACAGGAAGGAAAUUCUUUGAAUAAAUACAUGUUGGAAGUUGCUCUCCAGAACAUCAAAUUUCUUUAAAUACCAGAGAACUUCACAAGAAAGAAUUUAUUGAAAUAUAUUUUAUUUGGACAUUCUUUCAGAGUACAGUCCCUACUGGGUAUCAGAGAAUUCACCAGAGAUAGAAACCCUAUAAAAAUAACUAAUAUGGGAAAGACUCUGAAUGUUAUCAGCCUUUUGGGAACUCAUAGAAAAACUCUGAGAAAAUAAUCAUGUGAACACUUUGUGCCAACAAACAUAACUCAUUAAUCAUCACAGAGAUAAUCUAGCAAGAAAAUGUAGAAUCUAGUGUGUAGUGACCGUGAGCCAAAAGCCUGCAUUCUCAGUACAACAGAAAAUAUGUGGAGUUCGGAGACCUGAUAGUAUAUGAAAAUACAUAAGAAAAAGAUUUUAUGAAGGUAAUGGAUGUGGAAAAUCUUUCAGUAUGUCAGCCCUCAGUGUUUUUCCCAAUAAGCAGAUAUUUACCAGUUUUCCCUUUUGACACACCUAGUCAGAAUUUUCCAACCACUCUUUCAUCUAAGUGGGAUCAUGUCACUAGCCUUUGACUACUGAAACAUAGGAGUCAGUGAUUAACAAAGAUACCUCUCAAAAUCUCAGUGUUGUCUCUUGUCCCUCGUCAGAAUGGAAAGGAAAUUAUCCACUGGUGAACCAUGGGACACAUGCACUGAUGAAAGAGUACUAGAUGGAAGGGCCGAGGUCAAAGAGUGACUUUGGAAUGGAGUUCUCUCCCAGUUACAGUUGGACUUUGUGUGAUGAGGAAUUUGUUCUCUGCUGAGCUGCAGGUUCUGUGUACUUGAUACUGACAUAUAAUCAAAAUAGGUUAAUGAAACUUACGAAUAUGACUUCUGUGAGACAUGCAAAGUCAGUGUAUAUCAGAAAAUUCACACAGGAAAACCCAUGACAACAUCCUAACUGAUCAUAAAGUCUUAUUAAGAAUUAUUCUCUGUUACUAAUCAGGUAAAUAUCAGAGGAGAAAUCUAACAUUUCAACACAUAGGAAACCCUUUGCCAAAGAUAUGGUAGAUCCUUGAUUAUCAGUUCAUUGAGUUUUGCAUGUGUGAAAGUUCAACUGUCAAACGUUACUACUUCUCAUAGUUUUCUCUGAGAGAAAUUUAUAAAUGUAAGUAAUAGUUCAUAUCUAGAGAUUGUUCUACACAAACACUUCUGUCACAUGUAAUGUAAACACUUUUAAUGAAAUAUAACCAUAUUGAUUCAUAGACAUUCAGUAGUGUAAGAAGCUUCAAAAAAGAUCAAGAAAUAAAGAGAAUAUUCUGAAGAGAACAGCAUUGAAUGUAUGUGAAUACUCUCUUGAUUUUUCUACUGUUUUUAUAUGUGAGUAUGUAUAUGUCAUGGCACUAAAAAGUAUUUCUUUGAUAUGUGUACUGGAACUCAGCAUCUUUGUAAUAAAAUUCUGUACCCCUUGCUUAAUAACUAUGCUGACUUCAGCUACAAUUUGCCACACAUAUAAAAACAAAUAAACCUUUACAGGAAAUAUCUGAAAGUUCAAA